AGACUUCCACAUGGCACAAUUGUUUUUUAUGGCCGUUCAUGUUACAAUGCCUUUUUUUUUUUUUCUGUAUUGCCUUUUAGGUUACCUAGGGUGAAACAAAAUUACAGGAUUGGAAACUCUGGAAAAGCUCAGCAUCAGGAUUUGAGAGCUGAAGCUUGCAAAUUAUGUGAUUAGUCUACAAGCUGAUAUCAUGAUGUCAAAAUGCAGUUCGGGAAAUAUAAACACAGAAGUUGCAGAAAUUAAAACGUAAGCUGUGCUGGAACAAAAAUGCAAUGAAAGAAACACUGGAUGAAUGAAUGAAGAGCCCUGCUUUGCAAUCCCUCAGCAUGGCAGGACUGCAGCUCAUGACCCCUGCUUCUUCCCCAAUGGGUCCGUUUUUUGGACUGCCAUGGCAACAAGAAGCAAUUCAUGAUAACAUUUACACGCCAAGAAAAUAUCAGGUUGAACUGCUUGAAGCAGCUUUGGAUCAUAAUACAAUAGUCUGUUUAAACACUGGCUCAGGGAAGACUUUUAUUGCAGUACUACUCACUAAAGAGCUGUCCUAUCAGAUCAGGGGAGAUUUCAACAAAAAUGGAAAGAGAACCGUGUUCUUGGUCAACUCAGCAAAUCAAGUUGCUCAGCAAGUGUCAGCUGUCAGGACACAUUCAGAUCUUAAAGUGGGAGAGUAUUCAAGUUUAGAGAUAACUGAAUCAUGGACGAAAGAGAAAUGGAGUCAGGAAUUCUCUAAACAUCAGGUUCUAGUUAUGACAUGUCACGUUGCCCUGACUAUUUUGAAAAAUGAAUAUUUAUCCCUGUCAAACAUUAAUCUUUUGGUGUUUGAUGAGUGCCAUCUUGCAAUCCAGGACCACCCGUAUCGUGAAAUUAUGAAGAUCUGUGAGGAUUGUCCGUCAUGUCCUCGAAUCCUGGGGUUAACAGCUUCCAUUUUAAAUGGGAAAUGUGAUCCUGAAUUGGAGGAGAAGAAACAGAAACUGGAGAAAAUCUUGAAGAGCAAUGCUGAAACUGCAACUGAUUUGGUGGUCUUGGACAGAUAUACUUCUCAGCCAUGUGAGAUUGUUGUAGACUGUGGACCAUAUACUGACAAAAGUGGGCUGUAUGGAGGACUGUUAAAAGAAUUGGAUGAAGCACUUACUUUUCUGAAUGACUGCAACAUAUCUGUAAAUUCAAAAGAGAGAGAUUCUACAUUAAUUUCUAAGCAGAUAUUGUCAGACUGUCGAGCUGUAUUGGUUGUUCUGGGACCCUGGUGUGCAGAUAAGGUAGCUGGGAUGAUGGUGAGAGAGCUACAGAAGUAUAUCAAACACGAACAAGAGGAGCUGCACAGGAAAUUUUUAUUGUUUACAGACACUUUCCUAAGGAAAAUACAUGCACUCUGUGAAGAGCACUUCUCACCUGCCUCACUUGACCUGAAAUUUGUAACCCCAAAAGUAAUAAAGCUGCUUGAAAUCUUGCGCAAAUAUAAACCGUAUGAACGGCAGCAGUUUGAAAGUGUGGAAUGGUAUAACAAUAGGAAUCAGGAUAAUUAUGUGUCUUGGAGUGAUUCUGAAGAUGAUGAUGAGGAUGAAGAAAUUGAGGAGAAAGAGAAGCCGGAGACUAAUUUCCCAUCUCCUUUUACUAAUAUUUUAUGUGGAAUUAUUUUUGUGGAAAGACGAUACACAGCAGUUGUCCUAAAUAGGUUGAUAAAAGAAGCUGGCAAACAAGAUCCAGAACUGGCUUAUAUCAGCAGCAAUUUUAUAACUGGACAUGGCAUUGGCAAGAAUCAGCCUCGUAACAAGCAGAUGGAAGUAGAAUUCAGAAAACAGGAAGAGGUUCUUAGAAAAUUUCGAGCACAUGAGACCAACUUACUUAUUGCUACUAGCAUUGUAGAAGAGGGUGUUGACAUACCAAAAUGCAACUUGGUGGUGCGUUUUGAUUUGCCCACAGAAUACCGUUCCUAUGUGCAGUCAAAAGGAAGAGCUAGAGCACCAAUUUCCAAUUAUAUCAUGUUAGCAGACACUGACAAAAUCAAAAGCUUUGAGGAAGAUCUCAAGACAUACAAAGCAAUCGAGAAGAUCCUGAGAAACAAAUGCUCAAAAUCUGUUGAUACCAGCGAAACUGAAACCGAACCCAUCAUUGAUGAUGAUGAUGUAUUUCCACCCUAUGUUUUGAGGCCAGAUGAGAACAGUCCAAGAGUUACAAUUAACACUGCUAUUGGACACAUAAAUAGGUACUGCGCUAGAUUACCAAGCGAUCCAUUUACUCACCUAGCUCCCAAGUGCAAAACACGAGAACUACCUGAUCAUACCUUCUACUCUACUCUCUACCUGCCGAUCAACUCACCUCUUCGAGCCUCAAUUGUUGGUCCUCCAAUGAGUUGUGCAAGACUGGCUGAGAGAGUUGUGGCUCUUAUUUGCUGUGAAAAACUGCACAAAAUUGGUGAACUGGAUGAUCAUUUGAUGCCAGUUGGGAAAGAAACGGUUAAGUAUGAGGAAGAGCUUGAUUUACAUGAUGAAGAGGAAACCAGUGUUCCAGGAAGGCCAGGCUCUACAAAACGAAGACAGUGCUAUCCUAAAGCUAUUCCAGAAUGUUUGAGGGAUAGUUAUCCCAAACCUGAUCAACCUUGUUACCUGUAUGUAAUAGGAAUGGUGUUAACUACUCCUUUACCUGAUGAGCUCAACUUCAGGAGGCGAAAGCUGUACCCUCCAGAAGAUACAACAAGAUGUUUUGGAAUACUGACAGCCAAACCUAUACCUCAGAUUCCUCACUUUCCUGUGUAUACUCGCUCUGGAGAGGUUACAAUAUCUAUUGAGCUAAAGAAAUCUGGUUUUACUUUGUCUCUGCAAAUGCUUGAGUUGAUAACACGGCUCCACCAGUACAUUUUUUCACAUAUUCUUCGUCUUGAGAAACCUGCACUAGAGUUUAAACCCACAGAAGCUGAUUCAGCCUAUUGUGUUCUACCUCUUAAUGUUGUUGAUGACUCCAGCACUUUGGACAUUGACUUUAAGUUUAUGGAAGACAUUGAAAAAUCCGAAGCGCGUACAGGCAUUCCCAGCACACAGUAUACAAAAGAAAUGCCUUUUAUUUUCAAAUUAGAAGAUUACCAGGAUGCAGUUAUCAUUCCAAGAUAUCGAAAUUUCGAUCAGCCUCAUCGAUUCUAUGUAGCUGAUGUAUACACUGAUCUUACUCCACUCAGUAAAUUCCCUUCUCCUGAAUAUGAAACUUUUGCUGAAUAUUAUAAAACAAAGUAUAAUCUUGACCUGACCAAUCUCAACCAGCCACUGCUGGAUGUGGACCACACAUCUUCAAGACUUAAUCUUUUGACUCCUCGCCAUUUGAACCAGAAGGGUAAGGCACUUCCACUAAGCAGUGCUGAGAAGAGAAAAGCAAAGUGGGAAAGUCUGCAGAAUAAGCAGAUACUGGUUCCAGAGCUCUGUGCUAUUCAUCCUAUUCCAGCAUCACUGUGGAGAAAAGCAGUUUGCCUCCCCAGCAUCCUUUAUCGUCUGCACUGCCUGUUGACAGCAGAGGAACUAAGGGCUCAAACAGCCACUGAUGCUGGUGUGGGGGUUAAAUCACUUCCUGCAGAUUUCAGAUAUCCUAACCUGGACUUUGGAUGGAAAAAAUCUAUUGACAGCAAAUCCUUCAUCUCUAUUCCGAACUCCUCUUUGGUAGAGAAUGAAAAUUACUGUAAGCACAGCCCAAUUGUAGUCCCUGAAAAUGCUGCACAUCAAGGUGCUAACAGAACCUCUUCUACAGAAAAGCAUGACCAAAUGUCUGUGAAUUACAGAACAUUGCUCAAUGAGUCACCCGGUAAACUCCAAAUUGAUGUCUCAGCAGAACUUGCAGCAAUUAAUGGUGUUUCUUAUAACAAAAACCUUGCCAAUGGCAAUUGUGAUUUAGUUAACAGUGACUUUUGCCAAGGAAAUCAGCUGAAUUACUGCAGGCAGGAAAUACCUGUACAACCAACUACCUCAUGUCCCAUUCAGAAUUUAUACAGCAGUGAGAACCAGCCCAAGCCCAGCAAUGAAUGUACUCUACUGAGUAAUAAAUACCUUGAUGGAAAUGCUAACAGAUCUACCUCAGAUGGAUGCCCCAAAACGGCAGUGACCACCAGUACUUCAAAAGCUCUUAAUCUUUCAAUAGACAGAGUGGAUUUUGAAAAGAGCCCUUCCAGCGGGUACUCCUCAAAAACUCUUGGCCCCAAUCCUGGUCUCAUUCUUCAAGCUUUGACUCUUUCAAAUGCUAGUGAUGGUUUUAAUCUGGAGCGGCUUGAAAUGCUUGGCGAUUCAUUUUUAAAGCAUGCCAUCACUACAUACUUGUUUUGCACUUACCCUGAUGCUCAUGAGGGACGGCUGUCAUAUAUGAGAAGCAAAAAGGUCAGCAACUGUAAUUUGUAUCGCCUUGGGAAAAAGAAAGGACUGCCUAGUCGCAUGGUCGUAUCCAUUUUUGACCCCCCUGUCAAUUGGCUUCCACCUGGUUACAUAGUGAACCAGGACAAGAGCAACACUGAUAAAUGGGAGAAGGAUGAAAUGACAAAGGAGAAUUUGGCUAAUGGUAAACUUGGAGAUUAUGAGGAGGAGGAGGAAGAUGAAGACCUGAUGUGGAGGUUACCCAAGGAAGAAGCAGACUUUGAAGAUGAUUUUUUGGAAUAUGAUCAGGAACAUAUCAAAUUCAUAGAUAAUAUGUUAAUGGGAUCAGGGGCUUUUGUGAAGAAAAUUUCUCUCUCGCCCUUUUCAACCACUGAUUCAAACUAUGAAUGGAAAGCACCCAAAAAGUCAUCCCUGGGUAAUGUUCAGUUUUCAUCGGAUUUCGAUGAUUUUGACUACAGCUCUUGGGAUGCGAUGUGCUACCUGGAUCCUAGCAAGGCUGUUGAAGAGGAUGAUUUUGUAGUGGGCUUCUGGAACCCAUCGGAAGAAAACUGUGGCGUUGAUGCAGGAAAACAGUCUAUCUCGUAUGACUUGCAUACGGAGCAGUGCAUCGCUGACAAAAGCAUCGCGGACUGUGUGGAAGCCUUGUUGGGCUGCUACCUGACCAGCUGUGGCGAGAGAGCUGCGCAGCUUUUCCUGUGUUCACUGGGGCUGAAGGUGCUCCCUGUGAUUAAGAAGACUGAUUGGGAAAGCACUUUGUGUGCUGCCAGAGAGAACUGUAGCAGUCAGCAGAAAAAUCUUUCACCAAACUCUGUUUCUGCUUCUGUAGUUAAUUCAGAGCCCUCUCUGUAUAAAGACCUGGAGUAUGGCUGCUUGAAGAUUCCACCAAGGUGUAUGUUUGAUCACCCAGAUGCUGAAAAAACCCUGAAUCAUCUUAUUUCUGGCUUUGAAAACUUCGAGAGGAAAAUAAAUUACAGUUUCAAGAACAAGGCUUAUCUUCUUCAGGCAUUUACUCAUGCCUCUUAUCAUUACAAUACCAUAACUGAUUGUUACCAGCGCCUAGAAUUCCUGGGAGAUGCAAUUUUGGACUACCUCAUAACCAAGCACCUUUAUGAAGACCCACGGCAACACUCUCCAGGAGUUCUUACCGACCUGCGGUCUGCUCUGGUCAAUAACACCAUCUUUGCAUCACUGGCUGUAAAGUAUGACUACCACAAGUACUUCAAAGCCGUCUCUCCCGAGCUGUUCCAUGUUAUUGAUGACUUUGUACAGUUUCAAAUGGAAAAGAACGAAAUGCAAGGAAUGGAUUCGGAGCUCAGAAGAUCUGAAGAAGAUGAAGAAAAAGAAGAAGACAUUGAAGUACCAAAGGCCAUGGGGGAUAUAUUCGAGUCCCUUGCUGGUGCCAUUUAUAUGGAUAGUGGAAUGUCUUUGGAAAUGGUUUGGCAAGUGUACUAUCCGAUGAUGAGGCCACUAAUAGAAAAGUUUUCUGCAAAUGUACCCCGUUCCCCAGUGCGAGAGCUGCUGGAGAUGGAACCAGAGACAGCCAAAUUUAGUCCCGCAGAAAGAACUUACGAUGGGAAGGUCAGAGUAACGGUGGAAGUUGUAGGAAAGGGCAAGUUUAAAGGUGUUGGCAGAAGCUACAGGAUUGCCAAAUCUGCAGCUGCAAGAAGAGCACUACGAAGCCUCAAAGCAAAUCAACCUCAGGUCCCAAACAGCUGAGACUCCUCUUAAAAGUAAAUAAAAUGGGGGUGAAAAACACACAAAUAAAGCAAGUUUUUAAAAUCGUCGAUGUGGAGAGGAACAAAUUGAAGACAGAAUUUAAAGUUUGUUUGAUAACAGAUAACAAAACAUUUAACAUGUAUAAAAUUUUGGAACUAAUUGCAGUUAUAGUUUUUUGCGCAAACACAAUCUUGUCUUCUUUCCUCACUUCUGCUUUGUUUAAUCACAAGAGUGCUUUAAUGAUAACAUUUAGCAAGUGUUCAGAAUAAUUGUUGUCAGGUCUUUUUGCUUUACUUUAUUGUCAGUACAGCUUUGCUUAGUGUUAGAAGGCCAGGGAGCUUAGGCCUAAUGCAGUUGCUAGAUUUAUAUAUAAUAAUCUUGAAAUUCUUCAAUCUGUGCACUAGUGCCAGUCAUAAAGCAGUUGGUAAACUGUAUUGGAUGAUUGGGUAUAAGAAAGAAUAAGUGUGCCAGUAUUGUCUCUUUUUUUUCCCUCCUUCAUGUCAUCUUUUGCAUUAAGAUGAUAUUCCUAAUCAUUAUUGCACUUAUUUGUUAGGGACAGAUUUUAAUUGAAAUGACUGGCAUACUGGUAGAAUGAAAUUUCAAUUUCCUUAUGCCACAUAGUCUUGCAUUUAAGAAAAGAAAAAAAAAAAGAAAAAAAAAAGGUUCUUGCCUUAAAAA